CCUUAUCGUAACAGCACACCAACAAUGUCUUCCACUCGUAAAGGAACUACGAAACGGCAACCAGCCAAUCCUACAGCUGGAGAGGCAGGAAGCAUCACCGCGCCCAUAGUCGCGACGUCCCAAGUCUCGCGCUUCCACACCGAGACCCUCACUACGCUCUCCAACGACAUCGACCUCAAAGACGUCAACCUCACCAUCGGCCAGCGCACGCUCCUCGUGAGUGCGAACCUGCGCCUCUUCCGUGGCGUGCACUACGGGCUCGUUGGCCAGAACGGCGUCGGCAAGUCCACGCUGCUCCGGGUGCUCGGGCACAAGCUCCUCGCUGGGUUCCCGUCGAACGUGCGCGUACUAUUCGUCGAGCAGCUCGAGGGCACGGACAUGGCGCGCCCCGUCGUGCGCGUUGUUAUGGACGCAGACCGCGCUGCCGCGCGCGCACGCAGGGAGCUGAAGCUCGUGCAGGGCGCGCUCGAGGGAGAUGAUCCGGCGGAGGUGGCGCGGGUGAUGCGCAACGUGAAGAUGGACCGGCUGAAGGACGAGCUGGAGGCCGCGGACAAGAUCGCUACAGAGCGCAGUGGGGCCCGGGGGGCCGACGCGCGCAAGAAGCUCAUCGAGCAGGAGAAGCGUGUCGAGGAUGCGAAGUCGGCCAACGCGGAGCCCUUGUCGAAGGAGGAGAUCACCCGUGCCUCCGCCGAGGCGCAGGAGUUGCUGACGGAGCUGUUCGCCGCGAUGGACCUAUACGGAGAGGAGGCGGCGGAGGCGAAGGCGAGGACAAUCUUGAAGGGUCUGCGCUUUCCUCCAGCAUGGCACGACCGCCCACUCGGGGAGCUGUCGGGAGGAUGGCGCAUCCGUGUCGCGUUGGCGUCCGCACUGCACAUCGAGCCGGACAUCUUGCUGCUUGAUGAGCCUACGAACCACCUAGAUCUGCCCGCUAUCAUCUGGCUCCAAGACUACCUCGGCCAACUAGCGGAUACUACCAUCGUUACGGUGUCCCACGAUCGCGCAUUCUUGAACGCUGUCGCCGAUGAGAUCGUCGUCUUCAAGAGCCAGACGCUGACGUACCAUACCGGCAACUUCGACGAGUACCUCGAGCAUACCGAGGAGAAACGCAAGUACAUGGAGCGGAUGGCGGAGGCGAUCGACAAGAAGAAGGCGGCGGCAGAGAAAACCGUACAGGCAACCAUGUCCCAAGCGCGCAAGACUGGAGACGACAAGAAGAUGGCGCAGGCGGCGUCGAGGCAGCGUAAGCUGGAGAGGAUCGGGAUGGAGGUGAACGACAAAGGGCACCGGUUUAAGCUGAACCGCGACCGCGCCGGUUACCACUUGAGCACCCGCGGGGACGUGGAGACGGAAGUGGUCGAGCAAGCCCCGACAUGGAGUAUCCCCAACCCAAUUCCCUUGCGCCAGGCGGGUGCCAUCAUCGAGGUGGAGGACGUGUCGGUGGGCUAUGACAAGAAGCAGCCUCCGCUUGUGAGCGGCGUCACGCUCAACGUCGGCCAGACGGCACGCAUCGCAAUCGUCGGCGCGAACGGGAGCGGGAAGACGACGCUCGUCAAAGCUUUGGUCGGGGGCCUUCCCCCGCUGAAAGGCAAAAUCGCCCGACAUCUCUCAGCGAAGAUCGGCUACUUCACGCAGCACCACGUCGACGAGCUGCACCAGUACCCCGUCGAGACGUCCGCGCUAUCGCUCCUGAUGGACAAAGACCCAGAGAACCGCGAACAGGACUGCUUCGCUCACCUGGGCAAAUACGGCAUCAAAGGGUCGAUCGCGCUACAGCCUCUGCGCUCUCUCAGCGGAGGCCAAAUGGUCCGCGCUGCGUUCGCCUUCAGCACUUUCGGAGCUUCGCCGCAUCUUCUUAUCCUCGACGAGCCGACGAACCACCUCGAUUACUUGACGACCGAGGCCCUGAUCAUGGCUCUCCAAGAAUUCACCGGCGCGGUUCUGAUCGUCUCUCACGACCAGUUCUUCGUCUCCGAGGUUGCUGAGCAGGUAUAUGCGGUGCGGAAGAAAAGGCUGGAGCUCCUUGAGGGCGGUAUGGAGGAGUACGUGAAAAUGCCUUUCCAAGAAUACCAGGUCGUUGGCCGCCACCUGCCCUCCGAGGCGGAGCCCACCCCCAAGAUCUACCGCAUGCGGAUCUUUGCGCCGAACGAAGUCGUUGCCAAGUCGCGGUUCUGGUACUUCCUGAGGCAAUUGAAGAAGGUUAAGAAAGCCAGUGGCGAGAUCAUUGGCGUCAACGUUAUUCAAGAGAGGAAGCCUCUGAAGAUCAAGAACUUCGGCAUCUGGCUCCGCUACGACUCCCGCUCUGGUACCCACAACAUGUACAAGGAGUUCCGUGAGCUCAGCCGCGCGGACGCCGUCAAGUCCCUCUACCAGGACAUGGCCGCUCGCCACCGCGCUCGCUUCCGGUCUAUCCACAUUCUCCGUGUGGUUGAGAUCGAGAAGAGCGACGACAUCCGCCGCCCCUACAUCAAACAGCUUUUGAUCCCCAAGCUGAAGUUCCCUCUUCCCCACCGCGUCACCAAGGUCCGCUCGACCUUCGUCGCGCACCGCCCGUCGACGUUCUGAGCAGCACCUGUUUGAUCACGGUCGCUCGGGGGUUGGUACUUUACGAGGUCAAAAUUAUCGUCACAUUGCCAUCUUCACACUGUUCCACAUUACAUGCAUAUGACGAUAUGAGAUGUAUGCUGCGCCAUGUACGCAUUGCUUUCGCUUGCUCUGCAAUGAAGUUCCCCAGAGAGCUACGCCCAGCAACAUGUUUGAUGUUUGAACGGUGUGGCAGAUAUACUCUCAAAGACUCUCAAGUAAU